UUUGUUCUUGUUCGACCUCAGUCGAAGCUUUGCGCGGAAUUUGCACUUUGAAUUCGCUUCGUUUUGUCAAAACCAUGCCGAUGAUCAUCGAGGAGAUGGACGAGGAGCCCAUGAGCACGGCCUUUGCCUUCCAUUAUCUAGCUGAUGCCCAGUUCAGCUCCUUUCAGAACCCCGAGAUACAGCCCUUCUUUGAGAAGUGGGGUUUUGGCGCUGACAUGGCCAUGUGCACCUUCAGGGUCGAGCAAAAGGUGACGUCUGAGAGUUUCCAAGAGAUGCUGGAUGCCUUCUUCAAAGACAGGGAGGUCUUGUCCGUCUUGCAUGCGAGCACCGGCGUCCGAGUGAUCAGCCCAUCCAAAGUGGCCGUCCAAUGGCAGCCGAUGAGCACCAAGGUAGUGAGUAUGUCCUUCUUCAACAAGCUGGAAGACGCAGGUUGUAUCAGCAGCUCAGGCCACAUCCGAGGGCGUUUGGAGGAAGAUUGGGAAGAUGUGCCUAUUGUCAAUAUGAUCCGCGAGGCCAUGCUGAUGGAGGAGAGUGAACUCUACGAGACCUUCUCUCCGGAGGACCGCCGCGAGUUUUUGUUCCGCAUUUUUCAGCACCUGGUCUUUGGUGGCGCAUCGAACCAGUACGAAGAUCACGUUGAGGACUACUUCAAGGCCACCAAGGCUGUCUAUAAGGACCUCCUUUCAGUCCGUCGCAAUGACACGGGCGACGUGGAGGUGCUUUCGACGGUGGCAUCCGUGGAGUCGCUGAGCGAUGGGGGCGUUUUGUACCGGAAGGACAGCUUGCUGAACUUUUGCUACGUGAUUCACGACCCUGUUGUGAGGCAUGUCAAAGUUUGGUAUUUCGGCUUCCGAGCUUUGUGGUAAAAGAAACCACAAUCGAAUACGAAAUGAAAAAGACAAUAAUUCAUAUAAUAAUUCAGAUACAUAGAUAAUAUUAUUGCAUCAAACGGUAUUCCUUCAACAGAUAUCUAACGUUAUAAGGUCGAAUAUUUUAAUUUGUC